AUGACUGAUCUUGAUACUGAUUUCACCAGUGGAGAUGCUGGGGCUUCUCUGACCAUCCCCGUGCAGUGCAGUGCUCUGCGUAAGAAUGGCUUUGUGGUGCUAAAGGGGCGUCCCUGCAAGAUUGUGGAGAUGUCUACAUCCAGGACUGGCAAGCAUGGACAUGCCAAGGUGCACUUGGUUGGAAUUUACAUAUUUACUGGAAAGAAAAAUGAAGAUAUCUGUCCCUCCACCCACAACAUGGAUGUUCCUAACAUCAAGAGACUGGACUAUCAAUUGGUUGGCAUUACCGAUGGCUACCUUUCCCUGUUGAAAGAUAAUGGAGAUUUGCGUGAGGACCUCAAGCUGCCUGAUGGGGAUCUGGGCAAAGAAAUAGAGAGCAAAUUUGAAUCUGGGGGUGAAUUUCUGGUCUCCAUAUUGUCUGCCAUGAGGGAAGAGUGUCCCAUUGCCGUCAAGCCCAUGAGUUCAUAA